AUGUCUCCUAGCCAAGUCAUAAAGCCGGAUCCCGGGACUCCUCCAUACGGGAACAGCUCACGGAAGCGCCCAAGAGACAGUCCUGACAAUCUUGACCAGUCCAGCGUCCAUGACACCAAAAAGCGCAUGAUCCGCCAUCCCGGCGCGCCUCCGUCUCGUUUUCCCGAAGCAGAGCUCACCUUCGGCCGCUUCCCGAUCUCCCGCUCCGUCGAAUACAAUCAGGACUUCAGUCACCUCGACAUCACCGGCCCCCGUGGGUUCCAUCACAUCCGCCGCCCAAGAACAUCCGCCCCAGACCGGUCCUCCAUCAUCGUCGCCAUCGCAGGCGCCUGUCCAAACAACGGCACCGGAGACGCUCAGCGCUCAUCCUGCGGCGUGUAUUUUGGCGACAGCUGCCGCGAGACCCGAGGCUUCAAGGUCGACUCCGGACCCGCCACCCCGCACACGAACCAGUGCGCCGAGCUCCACGCCGCCAUCGCCGCCCUCGAUGCCGUGAAGCCGUUCUGUGAGAAGGGGGGACAUUGGGGUAGUGCCACAAGCGUGGACAAGCAGUGCAGGGUGACCCAUGUGGUGGUGAAGUCUCAUUCAUCCUACAUCGUCGAGGCGGUCGGAGGCGGCAAACGGGGACAGUCCCCGUACAUGAAGACGUGGAUGGCGAACGGCUUCAUCUGCUGCGACGAGCUCAUGAUGCCACCACAACAGGCCUCUGUGCAGCGCAUAACCGACAUGAUGCUUUCUAAUUCCACCGCCACCCACUCAGACCACGAGACUUGCUUCGUGCCUGGAACAAACUUUCUCUGCCUUGCUGCUCGAUUUCCAGACUCCUACGCGGAUGUGUACCAAGGCGACCUCGCCUUUCUCGAAUCGCCCGGUCCCGCCAUCGACCCUAAUGGCGGCCGUUUCGUCCAUCGUCGCUGCUAUCGCCAGGACCCCGGCACCCUUCGUCGUGCCUCGCAUUGCGACUCUCUGAUCAUCGCUGUCGAAAGCGCAUAUUCGGCCAACGGCCCCAACAAGUCCGCGAUUGGCGUCUUUUUUGGCCCCAACAACCCCUUUAACCUCAGCCUGGCGGUGCCCACCAUGUACCACGUCCAGGAGGGAGGCGAGAAACUGCUCUUGCGUCACACGAAGCACCGCGCUGAGCUGCACGCCGUCAUCGCCGCUCUCAGUUCCCUCAUCCCUUUAAUAGAUCAAGGCCAACCUGCGGAAGAUGCAGCAAACGGCUCCGUGCCUACUACGCUGAAGCACGUCAUUAUACAGACCGCGUCGGAGUACAUUGUCGAUACAACAUGCGGAACAGAAGCACGGCGGUCUCUUGUCUUACACUACGCUUCUGAGGCUGGCAAAUCUGACCGCGGUUGCUUGGAUCACGGCCAUCUUUGGCAGCAGCUGCGUGAGUUGAUGGAAACCAGCCUCCGCUGUGCUGUGGUUCAGUUCUGGCAUGUUCCUCGAGACCAGAACCUAGAGGCGCGGACGCAUUGGCGAAUAUGGGCUUGGGAAACCCCCUUGCCCAUCUACAGAUGA